AUGCGGCUCCUUACUCACAACCUUCUCAUGUGCAAUCGGCGGCAGUGCUCCGGGGGCUACCCCUUACUCAUCAAGUUGGGAGAGGCACCCUCCGCCACGAAGCACGAGGAAACCGAGUUACAAACGCCUCUUCUGCUUUCCCUUCUGAAGAAGCUCGACUGGCAAGCCUUGGUCCAAACGGCAUCGGAGCUCGGCAUGGAUCUGCCAUCUACCUUCUCUGAAAGCGACAAGGCAGACGAGAACUUCCUUAGGGCUCUCCAGGCUGCAGUGUUGGACCUCCACAUCUUGGAAGGGGCCCUGAUAUGUCCCACAUGCAAGAGAGAAUACCCAGUUUCGAAAGGCAUCCCUAACAUGCUCUUGCAGGAUGAUGAGGUCUGA